AUGAGUCCCUUAUACCACCCACUCGUUCAGGAAUUUAAGGCUUUUGCCUGCGAUAGCGGUAGACAUCAAUUUUUUGUUCAAGCUGUCAACAGUGCUAAGGAUCCAGAGAAUGGCGGACACUUAGAAAUGUCCCAGGAAGGUAUCGAAACAUUGGAGGAUUAUUUUCGAUUCUGCGAUGACCUCUUGAAAUGGGUUCCGACAGUGGACACGGAAGGCGACGCCCUCCUUCGAAAAUUAUUGGUCUUCUACUGGGUGUUUAAUCAACCCGAGGUCGCCGAUUACCAAACCAGUAUCAGGCCCGAAAAUGCUGGAAGUGUUCCCAAGCCACUCUCAUCUUGGCAGGUACACUACGCUCAGGAACUCGGAUCCUUCUUGAGUACCCGAGAAUCUGCAUCUGGGAUUAAGAGUUUCUACGAGAACCCUAUUUACAAUAAAGAAGCAGACUUGUGGCAGGAUCCGCCAGAAGGGGGGUGGGCGUCGUUCAAUCAGUUCUUCGCCCGGAAAUGGAAGGACAUCGACGUCGCGCGGCCACUGAUACCGGAGGAUAAGGAAGACAACGUCAUUGUCAGCGCUGCGGACUCUAAGUUUGGCGAGCAAUUCCCAGUUAAGAAUGGAAUUGUCACUAUCGGGGGGGAUAAUAGGACUGUCACGGUCAAAGGAUUUGCCUGGCCAAUUAACACACUGCUGGGGGGAUUGGAAGGUUUCGAUAAUGGAUGUUUCAUGCAUGCCUUUCUCAGUCCGAGUGACUAUCACCGGCAACAUGCACCAGUCAGUGGGAUAGUUCUGGAGACCAAGGUGAUCCAAGAGCUAGUCUAUCUUCAGGUCACCAAGGACCCAGAUCAUCCCGGUUUAGCCCCUGAUCGAGGUCUUUUAGUUAAAAAGCCACCCGUAGGUCAAAAGCGCUUGAGAGACCCUACUGCAGGCAGUGGAAAAAAUCCAAGAAAGCUCGAUGCCCCGGAUGAACCCGGCUACCAGUGGUGCCAGACUCGCGGGGUGGUCGUGAUUCAGACGGAUAACUACGGCAAGGUUGCUAUACUGCCAAUUGGCAUGGCCCAGGUUUCGUCGGUUGUUCUGACAGUGAAGCCAGGCCAGUCGGUCGAAAAAGGCGACGAGAUAUCUUAUUUCCAGUUUGGAGGGUCGGAUAUCGUUCUGGUCUUUGAAAAGCCCGUCGACUAUUGCGUAGAGUUCGGACAUAAAUGCAAUGUGAGGAGCAGAAUUGCCACUUUCAAGUGAGGAUCCUCCGUCAGAGUUCAACAAUUGUCUAUUCUACGUUGCCUGAGGAUUGACACGGAUUCCUGGGACUCCAUGGAUCCAGAGGACGCCGACCUUGUUAACGACAGUAUGCUCCUAGAUACCUACCUAGGUAGACACGCUCAUUACAUCUGGUAGAGUGUAGGGAUUGAAUUGGGGAUAGCAUCAGGGCUAGCCGCAGGGCUGGCAUUCAGGUCAUAUUCAUACACUCUUUUAAGAGCUUGUCAGAGCCCUUUCCUUUAGCUAGUCAAUCAUUACCUCAAUACAGCACUCGUUUGAAUAACAGCCCCGAAUCAUAUCCCGGGUGCGCUGCAGCGAUCCCAUUAACCUUUGGUGUUGUUUGGCAACGCUGUUUGCAAGCCUGUACGCACCGUAACAUGAAGUCCAGAUAGUUGCUCACUCGUUUAAAUCAUAAUUAUGUUAUGUGAUAUUGUUUGGCGGCAUGGAUAAAAUUCCGAUUUUAGCGUGAGAGUUGACCUGAACCACAAGGUCUUUUGAGGUUGGUAGCAC